UUUUUUCUUUUUUUUUUCUUUUCUUUUUUUUUUUUCCAUAGCCAGAAAAGAAGUUUCGGUUAUAUUUAACCCUUUAUCUACGGAAGAAGAAGAUCAUUUCUCAUCUCUGUUGCAAUACUAUUCAAGGCGGGAAGCUGUUCUUCAGUUGAACUACAAGCCCUUUUUAUUUAGCUGUUUUACCUCAUUAUUGAAAUAACGAUGAAAUUUCAGCUGUUUUUGUCUUUGUUUCUCUUCUUGGCUUCGUCAAGCAUUGUCAGUUCACAAUUUGAUGACUGUUUACCAGAUAUGUGUAGUGAUGAAGGACCAGAUAUACAACCUUACCUGGAUUUGCUUUAUGUACUUGAAAAUAACAUUAAUUUUACAUUAAGUUUGCCAAACAGCAGUUGGUGGAUGGUGAAAUUCUACAAUGGCAAUAUAACGAGGGAUGAAUUUGAUUACGAAUGCGCUUGCCCACUGCGUAAACAGGAUGAUCAAGUCUUCAUCACUUUUCAUCUUCAAAAUAUGUUAGAUAUAUGGUACAACUGGGAAAUUGGCUCCAGUACUUUUAAAUUGCAGGGCACUAUUCAAAUUACAUCUUGUAUCGAUGACUUGAAAAUCCAUUUAUUGGAUGAGUAUGGGGGAUACAAGAUAAAAGAAGUUGAAGUAGAAACCCAACGGAUUUUUAGCGUCAUUAUUUAUGGUGCAUUUUCCGAUUACUUCGACAAGUUGCCGCAGGAAUAUUAUGAAAUGAUUGUACAAGCAUCGUCAGUUCCUGCGAAGAAAAUUAUCGAGGAGACGUACUUUAAAGCCUUUUCGCAACUAUUGAAGAAGAGGUACCGCAGAAAAAAUAAUACAACAAAAUUAAUUAACGUUAUUACCAAAGAGAGUGCAUCGCAGAGUAAAAAACACCAAAAAUUGUGAGUAAUAUCAUUUGAAUUGCAUCAUUCACAGUUCUUAUCAAUUGUAUUUUGAACAUUUUUAUUUCUGUAAUAAAGGUGUGUUGUUUUCCAAAU